GGUUCCUCCCAGUCAGACAGCUCUCGCGCCAGGGAGCAGCGAGCUUCCGCACCGCUCCUUAACUGCUGUCAAGUAAGGAACACACCAGCUAGCACUAUGUUAUCGCAAUCCAGAUGUGCAUACCGGACGAUUGGUCGCUCUCUGUCAGCGGUGAGCCAGGCCAACAAUGUUCUGGUCCGGAAAAGUGUAUCAGGCCUACCUGUCUGCAGCCGGCUAGUUUACAGGAAUUCUCAGCCAUGUGAAUUUCCAUCAUUAGUGAAUAUCUCUCACAUCAGAUUCUUCAAGACAUCUGCUGUUCACAGGGAUGAGGUUGUCACAGUCAAAACUCCUGCGUUCGCAGAAUCUGUUUCAGAGGGCGAUGUGAGGUGGGAAAAAGCUGUGGGCGACUCAGUGACAGAAGAUGAAGUGGUGUGUGAAAUUGAGACUGACAAGACCUCAGUACAAGUCCCCGCUCCAGCAGCUGGCGUGAUUGAGGAACUGCUGGUGCCUGAUGGAGGGAAGGUAGAAUCAGGGAUGCCCCUCUUCAAACUCCGGAAAGGAGCGGUUGCUGCCAAAGCUGCUCCCUCCCCAGCUGCAGAGGCCCCGGCUGCAGCCCCUCCACCUCCACCACCUCCCGCUUCAGCCCCAAGUGCCAUGCCUCCAGUCCCCACAGUACCACCACAAGCUGCCCAAGCCAAACCUGUUUCUGCCAUCAAGCCCACAGCUGCAGCUCCAGCUCCUCCAACAGCAGGAGGCAGAGGAGAAAGCAGGGUGAAGAUGAACCGUAUGAGGUUGCGGAUCGCCCAGAGGCUAAAGGAGGCUCAGAACACCUGCGCAAUGUUGACCACCUUCAACGAGGUGGACAUGGGCAAUAUUCAGGACAUGAGGAAAAUCCAUAAGGAUGCUUUCUUAAAGAAGCACAAUAUCAAACUGGGUUUUAUGUCAGCAUUUGUGAAAGCUGCAGCACACGCUCUGACUGACCAACCUGCUGUCAAUGCCGUUAUUGAUGAUACAACCAAAGAGAUUGUCUACAGGGAUUACGUAGACAUUAGCGUCGCUGUGUCAACUCCAAAGGGGCUUGUUGUGCCGGUGAUCCGUAAUGUUGAGACCAUGAACUUUGCUGACAUUGAGAAAACCAUUAAUGCAUUGGGAGAAAAGGCUCGUAACAAUGAGCUUGCUGUUGAAGAUAUGGAUGGCGGCACCUUCACCAUCAGCAACGGUGGCGUGUUCGGCUCCAUGUUUGGCACACCUAUCAUCAACCCCCCCCAGUCCGCCAUCCUGGGCAUGCAUGGCAUCUUCGACCGACCUGUGGCCAUCAAUGGCAAGGUUGAGAUCCGGCCCAUGAUGUAUGUGGCACUGACAUACGACCACCGACUCGUUGACGGCAGAGAAGCAGUCACUUUCUUACGCAAGAUCAAAGCGGUGGUGGAAGAUCCACGAGUGCUGCUUCUGGACAUGUGAUGUUUCUACCACCACAUUAAUCCUAUUUAAAGCUGCAUUUAAAAAACAAAAAAAAAUU